AUGAUAGCUGUGAGACCUGCAUGUUCUGUCUCUCCUAGCAGCUUGGGAUCUUCGUUGUCUCAAUAUAGCAAAUCGAUAAAGCUUUCUACCUCCUCCAACUCUGUUCAAUACCCCACAAUGUCUAUUGAUAAUAAUUCUUAUGGUGCCACUCCCCAACCAACUGCAGUGAAUGAAGAAUUGAAGAGCAUGUCCGAGCCAUCUUCGGAUGCCCUACCCCUGGUUGCGAAUAGGGAAACCAAUUUAAGAAACACUGCGUCAAAUGAUAUGAAGUCGAACGUUAACUCGAAGCCUGGGGGAACGGGACAGGGAAUUGCAAAUACCGUUCAACCUGAACUCACAAUACGAACUUCUGACACACUUUUUGCCAAUUUUGAAGCAAGACCCGAUGAUGAUGACCCUCCUCAAUCAGUUAUCCAUGCGCCACCUGCUUUCGGCGACUUUAAAACCAACAAAGAUCAAAUGAAUGCCGUUUCCAACAAUGCGGAUGGAUUUUCCUCGGUCGAAUCAGACAUGAUUGCGGAACCUUCGCGAGCGAAUGAAGCUCAAAGAAAAUCUUUCAAUAGUCCCGUUUCACCACCGCCACUGACCACUACUAUUCCACCUGCAAAAGAUUGGUCUGAGCGAGCUACACCUCGAGCUCAGACAAGGCCGGAGAUCGAAGACCUUGAUCGGCCCCCGCGUUCCAGCAAUCUGGAAGACAUACCAGAAAGUGCAGACGUUGUUACAGCCGUGGAAGAAGUCUACGAAGCGCCAGACAAGCGGGUUUUAGUGUCGGAAAAUCUUCAAGAUAAUGGGGACGAAAUCAAUGCGUUGAGAACAGCACUCGCCGAGUGUUGGACUCUCUGCAACACCCUGGCAAAUCUCAGUUAUAUCCAUCGUGAACGCCUGUUUAAUUUCUCUGAGAAGGGAGACAUGCAAGAGUUAGCGUGGAAUUCCUGCUGGAAAUUAUGUCAAAAGCUUUAUGACAGCCAAGACGAUGACUAUCCAUCGCAUGUCACACCUACUCUCGACCUCUGCCGUGACUUCUGUCAAGCUUUGUUCGAGGUCCGGGUUCGCGAUAACGAGAUCGCAGACUCUGUUCUACGAGUGAGUUUUGAGCUAAACAACCAUCUUUACAAUACCCAUGAUCGAAAUCUACCAGAAGCGUUUCGGGAACGUACUUUGGACUUUUACAUCACCCUCUGCCAUCGUCUUAUGAAGCAACGUAUGCAUUUGGCAGAGGAAACGGAAUCACUGCUUCACGCAUGUUGGUCUUUAGCAGAGAUGCUCUUUAGCCUACGUCAACGCAGGCACCAAAGUAAGCGACCGGAUGAAGAAUUACUGGGCUCAGCCAUUCAGGCAUGCUGGGAGCUUUGUGAUCUCUUCAGGGAAGGUUGGACUCAAAUCAGGCCAGAUCGUGGUACACCACGUCCAAGCCAGACAGCGUUUAGCCAGACAUGUUACCAAACCAAACAAACAGAGGGUGCUGUGGUUGAUGAUAGCAUUGGUCAGCAAGGCAACCCUGAAACCCCGACGACCAUCUUUGAGGACACGGCGACAGCGUCACCAGAUGAGGCCCCGACUCCCAAUAUUCUUGUUCUGGAGCACGGGCAGACCCAAACUACCCCUGCAAAAUGGUCGUCUAACUCUUCAACUUUGUCAGGGCGUUCACGCUCGUCAGAACAGUCGUCCUCAACCAACACCAUCACUACACCCUCGGGACACCCUAAUUUGAUGCCACUAAAGCUUCUUGUCGCCAAGGCCGCAAUGAAUAGUGGCUACCAACGCGAUAGCUCGCAGAACCUCGCAUCUUUCGCGAAGUCUCUAUCUUCGGAUUCUUUUGGUUCACUGCCGUGGCAAGUCACCCUCUUGGAGAACUAUAAAAACUUGGUUGUGUCAGACCCAGCAUUCAGAGUGAUUAGCCCUCCAGCUCGUGCAAGCGCCCUCGAGAUAGCACGAGCUGUGCAAGCGAUGACACAGAGUGGGCAAUACACGUGGUUGCGGGACCUUUAUCGACUAGUCUUUGGUUUCCAUCCGGAGGAGGCUAUGAGCCGGAGAAAUGUGACUAUUCAAACCUGA